AAAAUCAGAUUCAAGUUCUCAGAGUUCAAUGGUAGAAAGUGAUACGGUUGAGAUCGUGACAGAGCGUAAAGUUAUUCAGUUUUCUGCCGAUGAGGAUUUAAUGAGCAUUAUCUGGACUACUAACCCCAAGGUGGAUCUGGAAAUUGUUGUGGAUACGUCACAACAACCUUUCUCUUCGUAUACUUUCCCAAAGAUGAAGGCAGUCUUCGGCUUGAAGGCAGACGAUUAUAACGAAUUAUCCCUUUUUGAUGGAGGUGUCAAGGAUACUCCGAAAGAGAUUCGAAGUUUGGUUAUAGAUGAAUUAUUGAGAUUACACAAAACAUCCCAACACAUCACUAGCGCCAAUGAAGCCACUCGUUGCGAGUUUAUUUCUCGUAUUAUUUACGGUGUUGCAUCAAUCUUUGAUGGUGAGGUGAAAGUUUAUCCCCAAUACGAAAUUUCUGGAAGCCAUGGCAAAGGACCAGUUGAUUGGGUCAUAAAAGUGGGAAAUACAAUCAUCACAGUUACUGAGGCGAAAAAAGAGGACAUCAAUCAAGCAGGUUUACAUGAGGAUGUAAUGUAUGGGAUUGUAUCAACUGCUGUAGAUUGGGUCAUAAUCAAACUAGUUUCGUCUAGCUCUGAGAAUAAUAGUGAAGGGAAGGUAGAAGUGUUGUUGAGUUCUUUGUCGCCCUCACCACUACCAAUUAAUAACUCUGUUUUAACCCGUGAGGACUUGGCAAAGCCUGUCGAAAGCUUGUUUGGGCAAAUCAAGUGGGUGUUUGAUAGUCAGAUCGAAUCACAGGGUUUAUCGAAGCGGGUAAAAACAGAAUAA